GAUGGGUGCUGUUUUGAUGACUGGGUCCUAUUCCGUUAGCUUAUCCCGGCUGAAGGCAGCUGAAGCUUCUGAUAAUAGUAGAAGUGGAUGGACAAGUCAGUGCUAUGGAGUGAGGGGUGUGUCUGCUUUCUGGCUACAGGAUGAUGAACUUAAUGGGCUGUCUAUUUUUAACCUCCUGUUCUUUCCUUCUGUUCAUGUAAUCAGGGCUGUGGGAGAUUUUCUCCUGAAUGGUCCCAAAUAUUCUUUCUUGCUGCUUUCCAAAACAUUCAGCGUACUGGAAAGAGUCAUACCAAGAGCUUAUUUUAUUUUCUUAUUUAACUUCGCACUGGACACGUCAUGUCAGACAAGAGGAAUAGUCCUGGAGAUCUCUCAACAACGACAGUCAGUUCUGUGGCUAUACAAGCCGGGGAUUCCAGGAUAGUUGUAGCUAUUCUUAAGUGUGGAGCACUAGUGGAGCUACAACUUGCUGAAGCUGUUCCAAACUUACUUGAGGUUGGAUCAAAUCAGGAUGAAACCAAAAAACUUCUGCACGAUCAUGAAAUGCUCCUUGGGAAACUCAAGUCACUGGAAGAUAAUGUGUGGGAUAUGUUAUGUGAAGCAGACAAGACAGCUGAAGAAAACCCGGAGCAAGGCCAAGUGUAUGAUGCCAUGGCAGUGACCCUCAAGGAUGCCUGGGAGGCACUAAUCAGUGCCCUGGAGAAUAGACAAGCUCUGCUGAAAAUGGCUACAGUAUUCUUUCAAAUGGUGCUAGAGUUUGCUGCAACUCUAGAUCAAGCAGAAGGCUUCCUUCACAUUUCCUUGGCUCAGGACUCGGUAGAUUCUGUUACAGAGCUUCUUCACCAGCAUCAAAGUCAUACAAAGGGUCUUCUAGAAAGGUCACUGGCUGUACUGAAUAAAAGCCAUGAAUUGACUGAAUUCAUAGAGCAGUUCAAGUUGAACCAGUCAAUUGCAAACUCUGACAUGAUUCGACAGGCCAGAAACAGCUGCAGGAAGAUUGAAGGCCUCCUGGAAUCACUACAGGACAGGAGAAGGCAGCUGGAUAAGCAACUGAGGCAAAAGCGAGCAAGACUGGAGAAGGUUUUGCAAGUUAUUCAGUGGCACCAGAAAGAGGAUAAGGUAACUUGUUGGCUGAAGAAACACAUAGACCUGUAUUUAAAGAAUGGGCAGCUUGGUGCAUCACUAACAGAAAAUGAGGAGCAUAUUCACAAGCACAGCCAGUUUGUUGUUGACGCCAAGCAAUGGACAUUAGCAAUUGACAAGUUAAAAACUGAAGCCAGUGGGAUAGUAACUUUAGAUGGUUGCGAAGAAAAUGGUACCCCAGAAGAUUUAAAUGAAAAACUAAAGAAGCUUCAUGCUGAGUUCUGGGAACUGAUGGAUCAAAGGCUGGGCGACUUACAGGAAGCCAACGCAUUUUUUAGAAGUGUUAACAAGGCAUUAGACAAACUAGGGAGUAUUGAAACCUACUUAAAAGAAAAUAAUAUACAAGAUCUGAGCAUGCCGCAAUUAGCAGAAAAGCAGAGAGAAGCUGAAGCAGAAAUUAGAGACUGUAUCACCGAUCCCUUCCAGAAGGGAAAGGCUCUGCUCUCAAAGUCUUUCAGUGGCUCUGGGAUGUCUGGAAUUAAGGAAAUGAUCGUGUGCCUUCAGAAACGAGUAGAUCAGCUAAUGGUCCAGAUCCUUGCACCGAAUGAGCAAGUCUUAAAGGAACAACAAAAUGCUGUGUCACUACAGGAACAUUUUAAGAAGGUGUCACUGUGGGGUCAGAGAAUAAAUGCAGAACUGGAAAGAUACUGUGAAUCUGGAUGGAGUCUGGCUGAAUGUGAGGAAGUCCUGAGUAAACUUAUAGAGUUGGCUAAUCAAACAAAGGAGGCAUCGCAAUACAUGGAAACAGCUGUCAAGACCACGAGAGAGGUCGCUGAACAUGUUCCUUCGGGCACAGAAGAAUUUAGCAGCCGCAUUCAUAUACUGGAAGAACAUUUAAAAGAUUUGAAUCAAAGUAUUGAUGAAAAACUGGAAUGUUUAAAUGGAUACAUAGCAUUUUUAAAAUCAUCGUCAGAGCUGAAAUCUGCCAUCCAGAGUCUGAGAAAACUGUAUACAUCCAGUACAGAAGAAGACACAGAGACAGAUAAAGCAUCAGUCCUGAAAUCAGCAGAAGCACAGUUACAGUUUGUCCUUACAGAGAUUUUCACAGUUCAAGAUAUGGGGCAGAACUGCCUAAAUAUCAUGAAAAUGAUGAAUACCAACACAAUCUUGAACAACAAACAUGCACAAGCAAUUGAAAGAACUAUUGAUAAUCUGAAUAAGGAAAAAGCAGAGAUCACAAAUCUUGGUUUAAUAUGGCAGCAACGCUUAAAUCAAGCAAAUGCCACAAAGCAACAAUGGAGGACAAUUAAAGACAAGUUACAGUCAGCUACCGAUGGAUUAGAAGCCUUGGAGAAGGAUCUACAACCAUUUUAUGCUCUGAGCUUGGGAAAUAACUUCCAAGCUAUCCUAAAUGCACAAGAAAAACUAAAUCAGAUUAAAAAUAAGUAUCAGAAUAUCAAUGCUGAUGCUGAAUAUGCUAUAAAGAUAUCUGAUCUCCUUACCCGGGAAGGCACACAAUUGCCAGAAAAAUCUGGCAAAAUAAAUGACUUGGCUGAGCUUCACCAGAAAGUAAGGAACAGCAUUGCAGAAUAUGAAGAUAUUUUCAUCAAGAUGGUUGCAUUUUAUCAAGUCAAGACAGAGUUGGAAAUCCUUGUUAAAGCAGAACAGAAACUUCAGCCUGAACAUGAACUCCAGCUCAAUCAUGAACUCCAGCUCAAUCAUGAACUCCGACUCAAUCAAAAGCAGGAUCAGCAAACUCAUUUCCAAACUUUGUAUAAGCUUGUAGUUAACUUGGGAAGAGAAAUCAUAUCUAUAAUACAACAUUCUAAGCACAUCACCAUUCCAGUCAUGGAACUUCAAGAGCAGAUUGCUAAAAUGGAACAUGAUAGUACAUGUUGGAAUUCCACUGUGGACAAACAAGAAGAGAAGCUAUUAAGUCAUCUAGAGUUUGGCACAACUGUAGAAGAUAUAAAUGAGCUAAAAGAGUCCUUUAAAGAUCUGAAGAAAAAAUUCAAUAAUUUAAAAUUCAACUACACAAAGAAAGCUGAGAAAGGCCAAAAUCUAAAAGUAAUCAAGAACCAAAUACAGCAAGUUGAGAUGUAUGCAGAAAGGAUGCAAGUCCUUAAAAAGAAAGUGGAUCAUUUAGGAAAGAAGAUGUCUGUAUCUACAGUGACUCGACAAGGUGAUAGGGCUGGUCCUUUCCACGAAGCAAUGGGAGACUUGCAGAAACACGUUUAUGACUUUGGCAUUGUUAUAGAGGAAUACAAACAGAACCUUGAAAUUGCUGAAGAUCUCCAGCAUAUUAUAGAAGAGAGCCAGUUCUGGUGUGAAGAAGCUUGUGCCACAGUUGUGAGAGUGGGACGUUAUUCAGCUGAGUGCAAAACACAGGAAUCUGUAGAGAUACUUCUAAAGCAGUUCAACAGAUUUGUGCAACCCACCGUCCCACAGCAAGAGGAAAGAAUAGAACAAAUGACCAGAAUUGCAAAGCUUGUGUAUGGGCUACAUGAUGGGAUGAAAUAUAUUGAGACGAUGAUUGUAAAACACAAAGAAGCACUCCAUUCUGUGAAUGAAUUAUGUAUUUAUCUAAAGGAACUGGAAGAGAAGUUGGAGGAACCACAAAAAAUUGCGCCUGUUUUGUUAGCUCCAGAAGAAUCAAUUUUAUCUCCAUCUGCAGAACUCCCAACAUCAACUAAAGACGGUAGUACACUAACAGAUAUGGACUUGCAGCCCGAAUUACUAGCAGAGGACACUGCAUUUGGUGAUGAAUAUGAAUGCAUUUCCCCUGAUGACAUCUCUUUGCCUCCGCUUGCUGAGACUCCUGAAUCCAAUCUCCCGCAGUCAGAGACAGAGCUGGAGGAGCAACAUUGUUUCAGCUCCCACAGCCUGCAUGUCACAUCCUACUGCUUGCAAAUGCAGAUAAAUGCCACUGGCAAAAAGAUGGCAGACAGAUCUGAACUCUUAACCCCUGUUGUUAAUACUGACGCAUCAAAUCGCAAGAAAGAAAAGACUUCUAGUUAUAGUGAUAUAGACUGUUCUCCUAGCAUUGGAUAUAAUGUAGAUUCUCCUUUGGCUCACCAGCCAGCAAUAGUACAUGAAAUGUGCUAUUCUUUAAAUACUCCUCCAGCAAAAACAUCACCCAGCCAAAGCAUGAUGAAUGAAAUGCAUGAAACCCAUUGGCAGCAUCAUUCUGUUUAUGAAAGCAUGAAAAAAAACCAACAAUUGCAUGCUACAAAUAACUCUACUAAAACCAAAGAUAGGUUGCAUGCAACCCCAGAUGAUUUCUCAAGUGUCAUGUUUCAAUCAGACCCUGCCAAAAGCUGCCAGAGACACGUGACUACCCAGGACGCCAUUAAAAGCAAUUGUAGUCUCGCAGGUCAGACACCUGGCUUCUCCAAACACCUGACUAAUGUCACUGUUAAGGAAGGUUCUCCAGUGACUUUGGAAGUUGAAGUAACCGGAUACCCAGAACCUGCUGUUACAUGGUGCAGAAAGACACCAACACAUCAGACUGAUCAUCUAUCCGAUUUUGCAAAGCAAGCACUUUACAGCUCAAUCAUUCUGGUGGAACAGAAGAAUGAUGCUGGUGAAUGUAUUUCUCAGGACUCAAUAUGUAAAUCCCCCAACUUUAUUUGUGACACCCAAUUAGAAGGUAACAGGUCACCUAUUUUGGAAGUUGAUUGGGUUACACUGCUCACUCUCUACCUAUUUCUGUCAUUGAUGUACUGGAUGCUCACAUAGAUAAUACAAUCCAUUGUCUUUUGAAACUUGGAAAGAAACCCAGGAACAGUGUCAUUCUCAAGGAGUAAACAACUUUUACUGGAAAUGCAUAUUUCUUCAUUAUAGUUCUUAAUGUAAUCCAGUCUUCACACUUAAGUUGCAUAUCACUACAUAUAUUUGAUCUCGUUUUUUUACUUAAGCCCUUUAAAAUCAAUGUGUUAUUUAUAGACAUAUGGCACAUAGAAAAACAUAUUGAGAUUACAGUGCAGUUUUUUUUUGCUUGCCAGUUUCACACUGUGAUAAGGCUUGAAAAGAAUUGAAAUAGUGAUAUUUAAGAGGCUUAUUUAUUAAAGGUUGAAUUUUAGUGGUUUUAGAGGUUUUUGAAACUACAAUUAAACUCUAUUGGGGGAAUGUAAUAAAAUUCACAAAGAGCAAAACAGUUUGCACUAAUAAGAAUAGAAAUUUGCAUUUUGCAAAUGCUUCCUUAAACUGUUAUUGCAUUGCAAAUUUUAAUUGCACAUUGGGAAUUUUAAUUGUGCGUUGCCCAAACAAAAGCAUAACAACUUUUCAGUAAGAAGUUUUAUUACAUUCACUGGCACUGCCGCAAACUAUAAAAUUGGCAAACCUUCUUCCAGUGUCGGAAAGUUUUCUGCAUUUCUUGCAGGCACAAGUCACAUGACUGGGGGCAGCUGGGAAAUUGACAAAAUGUCUAGCCCCAUGUCAGAUUUCAAAAUUGAAUAUAAAAAAAUCUGUUUGCUCUUUUGAGAAAUGGAUUUCAGUGCAGAAUUCUGCUGGAGCAGCACUAUUAACUGAUUCAUUUUGAGAAAAAUGUUUUUUCCCAUGACAGGAUCCCUUUAAGCACAACUAGCAAAAAGUACAUUCCUUUUGAAGUCUUGUCAAUAAAGCACAAGUAAGGGGCGUACAAGGGGAUACUCUUGUCCCAUCCACUCAGAGCAACUGGUACAGAUAGGGGCAUAAAGAUUUGUGCCUCACCCUACAGGCAACUGUUGGGAAAAAAUGCAGAAUUGUGAUGUUUUCUGCACUUUGCUUAAAGGGAUCCUGUCAUCGGAAAACAUGUUUUUUUCAAAACGCAUCAGUUAAUAGUGCU